AUGGCAGAAUCAUGGGGUGACAUCUGCCGCCAUUGCAUCACGGCGGUGACCGAUGUGCCAAUAUCAAUUCUACUGCUCACUUUCCUAGCUUCAGCCGUGGGGUUGUUCGUCCUGUUUUUCCUCUUUCUAUUCUUCGUCGCCCCGGUACCACGGGAGGCCCUCCCCGAAGAAAAGAAGUAUAGAUCCCUCGCGAGCGACGGCGCCGUCACAGACCCCGAACCCCUUCCCUGCUGGCUUGAUGCCCUCAAUGCGCAAAAGAAAGCCGCAGAACAACCCACCGUUGAACCCGCGGAGCUGUUCAUGUCGGUCGUGGUUCCCGCUUACAACGAAGAAGACCGGCUUGCGGGCAUGCUGGAAGAAGCCGUGAAUUACCUGGAACAUAUGUACGGCACGUUAGGAGGAGACAACCAGGCCGGGCCCGUCGAGACCCGAUCUAUGCGGAAGCGGAAGCCGGCCUCGAACGGCCACGCGACGAACGGUCACGCCACGAGCUCGGCAUCGGACCGAGGAUGGGAAAUCAUCAUUGUCUCGGACGGGUCGACGGAUCGGACAGAACAGGUGGCGUUCGGCUUUGCCAGAGAUCACCAGCUCUCAUUGCACCCCAAGGGCUAUGCGGGGCCAUGGACCCCGAAGGCGCACGAGGGUGUGCAUAUCCCACCGGGCACGAUUCGGGUCGUCACCCUCAGCCAUAAUCGCGGCAAAGGAGGCGCAGUUACGCACGGCCUUCGGCAUGUUCGUGGCCGAUAUGUCGUGUUUGCGGAUGCCGAUGGAGCCAGCAAGUUUGAGGAUCUCGGCAAGCUGGUCACCGCGUGUCAGGAGAUCGAGGAUGGCGAGAGCCGUGGUAUGGCUGUUGGAUCGCGAGCGCAUAUGGUGGGCAGCGAGGCUGUUGUCAAGCGAUCCAAGCUACGCAACUUCCUGAUGCACUCUUUCCACUUGAUCUUGUGGCUCAUGACGCCUGCCAAGACUGCCACUGUGAAGGACACGCAAUGUGGGUUCAAGCUCUUUUCGCGGGCCGCCUUGCCCUAUAUUGUUCCGUACAUGCACUCCGAGGGCUGGAUCUUCGAUGUAGAGAUGCUCAUGUUGGCCGAAUUCGCCAAUGUUCCCGUGGCAGAGGUGCCGGUUGGCUGGCGCGAGGUUGGUGGAAGUAAACUGAAUGUCAUCCGUGACAGCAUUGGUAUGGCCUGGGGACUGGCGGUCUUGCGAGCUGCCUGGUCUUUGGGCGUGUAUAGGCAAAAAUGA